UUAUAUAUAAGGAUAAUAAUAAUAAUAGUAAUACGUAAACAAUGUUGAAUAGUCCCUAUAAAACUUUCUACAAAUUUUCUCCCACUGAAGAAAAUUUGUAACCCCCAACAACAAUAUAAGUAAAUAAUGGAAGAACAAGAUUUUGCAUUUCCCUUCCCCCCUUAUAACAUCCAGAAAGAUUUCAUGAAAUCUUUGUAUAAAUGCCUGGAUGAAGGUAAUUUGGGGAUAUUCGAGAGCCCAACGGGGACUGGAAAAACAAUGUCAAUUAUUUGUGGAGCUUUGAAGUGGUUGCAUGAUUAUGAGAAGAAAAAUGAAACGGAUGUAAAAAACAGAAUCAAAGAAUUAGAUGAACAAUUGAAAGCCAUUGAGAGGGAAUCCACUGGGGAUUGGAUUGACGAUCACUCUAAACAGAUGAUUGUUAAUCAGGAAAGAAGAAUUAUUCAAGACAAGUUGGAGGCCAUUGAAAGUCGAGUGAAGAGAAAAGAAUCUAUGAAAAAAUUAGUAGCCAGAAAACUCGAAUUUAAGAGUAAGAGGAAGGUAUUUCCUUCGAAGAAGAAAAAUUUUAAUGGGAGCACUAGUGAGAAAAUUUUGGAGGGAGAUGAAAACAACGAAACAGGUGGUGAGGGCGAUCAUGAUUUAUUGUUGGAAGAUCUUGUGGUAAAAUCUGAUGAAUCUGAUGGGGAUGAGGAGUGUGAUAAUAAGAUGAGGUACAUCCAAUUUUUCCUGUGCUCAAGGACUCACUCCCAAUUGAGCCAGUUUAUUGGAGAGUUCAAGAAGAGCCCUUACGCUGAGGGAGUCUCCUUAGUACCAAUAGGCUCAAGACAGAACUAUUGCGUCAACGAAGCUGUAAAAAAACUAGGCAAUAUUGAUUUAAUAAAUGAAAAAUGUCUGGAGCUUCAAAGAUCGAAGAAGACGACGUCUAAAAAAGAAAAAGACCUCAAAAGAUCCAAAACAACAAACAGUUGCUGUCCUUAUAAUCCUGGAGAUCAGAAUUUAUUGAUUGCUGAAAUUAUUACAACGAUUCACGAUAUCGAGGAAAUUGUUGAAACUGCAAAGGAAAUCGAUACCUGUGCUUAUUAUGCAUGCAGAAAAUCUCUUCAGAAUGGACAAGUGAUAGUUCUUCCUUACAACAGUAUUCUACAUAAAAAUACGAGGCUAAGCUCAGGGAUUAAUUUGAAGGAUAAUGUGAUAAUUAUUGAUGAGGCCCACAAUCUACUGGAGGCCAUUGAGAGGAUGCACUGUACUAGCAUCACUGGGAGGAAUAUUUUGCAUUGUUUUAGUCAAUUAUCGCAGUAUCAGAAAAAAUUCGAAAAUCUUUUUUCAGCAAAAAACGUUUUAUACCUGAAUCAACUAAGCUUCUGUUUGAAAAAACUCAUAAAAAUGCUGGGAGGCACCACAAGAUGUUUAGAAACAGAUACAAUGGAAAAAGAUCAAGCACCGAAGGUUUACACUCUCCAGAACUUCGAAACAACGGCGGAAAUCGACAGUGUUAAUAUGUUCGAACUGAUUAAAUUCAUACAGACCUCAAAAUUGGUUCACAAACUGCAAAGCUAUUUAGACAAACACAGCGAGGAUUUACGAAUUCAUCCAAUUCCAGCAUCAUCUAGGAACAAACGAGAAGGUGUGGCGGCGUUUCUUACUUUGUUGAAAAAUGGAGAAAGUUUGGGUGAAAUCUGUGAAAAGACAUCGAAAGUAAACGAUAAUGCAACUGACGAGAAUAUUUUGAAGAGUCCUUUAAUAAAAAUUGUUGGAUUUCUGGAAUCUCUGAAGAGUGCUUGUGCUGAUGGAAGAAUUUUUGUUAUUCCGGGGCGCACUCUCGGACAGGGUGUUAUUAAAUUUUUGUUGAUGAAUCCUGCAGCUCAUUUUCAUGAUAUUGUCAAAGAAGCCCGUUCAAUAAUCUUGGCAGGAGGAACAAUGGAGCCAAUCUCCGAAUUUCGUGACCAACUCUUUAUAAAAGCUGGUGCUCCACUAGAAAGAAUAAUGACAUUUUCCUGCGAUCACGUGGUGCCCAAAGAGAAUAUUCUAACGAGAAUCCUUACAAAGGGUCCUAACAACAUCCCCUUCGAAUUCAAUUACCAAAAUCGUGACAACCAAUCAUUAUUAAACGAGGUUGGAAGGACUCUGAUAAAUCUAACAAACAUUGUUCCGGGAGGAAUUGUGGUAUUUCUCCCCUCUUACAAGUAUGAGGAGACUCUCUAUAAGCAUUUGGACUCUAUGGGGAUAAUAAAAAAAAUCACCCAGAAGAAGCAAGUAUUCAGAGAGCCAAAAUCCUCCUCGGUAGUUACUUCAAUACUAGACAAUUUUGCCGAGUCAAUUAAACGUCCCAAAGGCUCCCAAAACGGUUCUCUACUCUUCAGCGUCGUCGGAGGAAAACUCAGUGAGGGUCUAAACUUCUCAGACGACCUUGGUCGAUGUAUUAUUGUCGUGGGAAUGCCCUAUCCAAAUAUAAAAUCUCCUGAGCUACAGGAGAAGAUGAAAUACCUCAACGAGAAUAUCAGAGCCGGGGCUGGCAGUGAGUACUACGAAAAUAGUUGUAUGAAGGCAGUGAAUCAAUGUAUCGGACGAGCUGUCAGGCACAUAAAUGAUUACGCCACUGUCAUUCUAAUCGAUAGAAGGUAUGCAAAUAAAUGUAAAGCUCUACCUGGAUGGAUUCAGAAGACAUUAAAGACUAACGGUGAGUUUAGCAUGACUAUUGGAGAUGUGGCGAGGUUUUUCGCAGCUAAGAGAAAGAAUUCUAACUGAUACGCCAUUGCUGAAUUGCCAUUUGGUAUUUUCUAUAAAAAAGAAAAGCUGGAGGAAAUUAUGAUAAUUCGAGCUGGAUUAUAACAAUGUGAAAUAGAGGAAAAAUUAAAAAAAAAUAAUAGUUAUGUGUUCUUAAGAAGAGGAAGAAGAAGAAUAUUAAUUUCAUUGACAUUUUGUCAAGUCGUUAGAUGACUUGACAAUUAUUCUGAUAUAUUAUUUGAAUACUGACCGUUUGAUAAUUUCGCUCUAUGAAUUUGAAGCUCAAUUUCAAAAUUGUCGGCUCAUUACAGAGAUCUUAUUAAUUUCCAUUUAUUUUCCAUCUUGUAUAAUCUCUUCCAUUUCUGAAGUUAGAGAGAAUUCUCAAGCUGAACUCCGAAUUUAUAAACCAAAUGGUGGUGAUAAACCUGUCCUGGACGCACCAUCGCACACGGAAAGUGCUUCUACAAAAAAAUAGAGAAUAAUCACUAAGUCAUUUUCUACCACUAAAUUAAUUCUUCAAUAACAAAUUAUUAUAUCAUCCUACUUACAAUUGCAGAAUUGUAAUAGUUCUGUGGGUAAACACCAAAUGCACAGAAUUUCAUGUAUUUCGCACCAUUUUUUCCAGGAAUGAAUUUCAUUCGUGAUUUGGUGAAUAAAAAAUUAGUAUUUUCAUAUGAACCAUCAUCUUCACCCUUGAAGUAUCCUUCUCCACUUUCCGAAAAGAAACUAGUGUAACUAGCAAGUUCAUCGAACUUUUUGGCAUCUAGUGUCUCAUAUGUGAUAUCCUCUGCAUCAUUUUCGGUGGGAAAUCUUCCGCACAUAUCGAACUGUAGUCCAGGUUGGUUGGAGAAAACUUCUAAGACUCUAAAUUGAGAUUUUAAUCAUAAACACCUUUUUUUAAUCACCUUAAUUUUGUUGUUUUAUCAUUGCGUUUUUCAUUUUCAUCGUUUCAUAUUAUGUAAUAAUUUUGAAUCAGCCAUUAAUUUUUCGAAUACCCGUUGCUCAUUUUUCUCUAAUUCUCUAUCACUUUAUUACCCAUUUUUUUUCUCUCACCUCCCAGUUUUUUCAUGAUAGGCACGAGAUACAAAUGUCAAUGCAGGUUCACAAUCCCGGAUGACACAUAAGUUCUGUCCAAAAUCGUCGUCAAAUAGCAUGCAAUUCUUCUCAUCGCCCAGAAGUCGUUGAAUUCUGAAAUCCAAUAAAGUUCCUCCUAUCCUGCGACUUUUAUUAAUUGGAAUUCCAUCUUCAUGUUUUGUAAAUAUGCAGCGAUCGCAAUUGAGGGAGAUACUGUGCAUCUUCAAUUCGUUUUCCCCAGCAUUGUGUCCAGCCAAAUUAAAUAGUAAACCGUAUGAGAGAUUUAUCAAUGUUGGCCUGGUGGUUGUUGCAUGCAUUUUAAUGUCUAAAGUAUUUUCUGCCGUUAAUUUGAAUGUUAGAAUUGUUAAAACAGUUCCUGGAUAACCAGCUUCUCCAUCUGGGCUUAAAUAUGUCAGUAUCAAGUUAUUUUCAUUAAUGUGAGAAUCCCAAUUUCGCCUUCCAAAGCCUCCAAUCUGUCAAAAAUUUAAAAAUUAAAAUGAUAAACUUAACACUGAAAUAGUAGAAUCUAAUAAAACACGUCAAUUUUCUAAGUUUCAUUGAAGAUAUUAUUAUUCCAAUAAUGAGUGAUAUAAAAACAUGUCAAGAUAUUUUUUUGUUGGAAAAGGCCUCUCCCAUUAGUCGUUUUUUUUUAGAGUAUUAUUUUUCAAAUAUCGAAACUCGUCAAUGUUCCAUUAAUUCACUUAUAAAUACAUGCUAUUACCAAAUUAGUUAUAAAUUUUCUUACCCCUCCAUGAAGAUGAUCCUCUCCAUCAUUCAAUGACAAUUGGUACUCGCUUCCUUUGAUCUUGAGAAUUCCAUCUUUUAUUCUAUUAGCACAUCGCCCUAGUACACAACCAAUGAACAAAUUCAUCUCAGGAUUCAGAUAAUCCUCUAAAUUAUCAAAUCCUAGAACAACGUCGGCCACUCGUCCAUAUUUAUCCGGAUACUUAAUCGACACUAUUGUUGCUCCCCAAGUGAUAAUAACUAUCUCGACGUUGUUAUUAAUUAAAGUAUAAGAUUUGAUAAUCAGGGAAUCACUGCCAUCAGAAUUUAUAAAAUCAUUUCCAUUUUCUGGGCAAAAUCCCCUGUAAAUUGCUUCGAUAAUUUUUCCACCGCUGCUAUUGCAGUAAGACGUGGUCAUUAUUCAUUCAAAAUUGCUUUUAUAUCGUUUAUAACAAUUUAUAAUUAAAGCAUGAACGUUGACAGGAAUUUAGAGUGUCUUGAAAAAGAAGUAGAAAAAUGACAUAUCAAAUCAAUAAAACAAUUGCGGAAUGGUAUUAUAGCCAUAAUUAUUAUUAUUAAAUUGCGCUUUAUUCUUUCAUCCAACGAAUAUUUGGUGAAUAUUUCCGGAACUGGUCUCUGGAAAUAUCAUAUUUAAAGUGUCGUUGAUUAUGUUAUAUAAUUAUAUUUGGAGAAAGUGACUUCAGCAGAGAAUGUGGCCAAAACCUUUUCUUAGCUGUUCAAGUUUCACGAAAAAAAUGCCUUUCGAUGUUGUAAUCGAGAUCAUUUAAAAUUUACCGGUUAAAUAAGUAAAACCAUCAAAUGUUAUCAUUAUCAUAAUUAUUAUUGAGACAUCAUCAUGUGAUGCCAAAUAAUAUUACACUGCCAUUAAUACUCAAAUGUUUUCUUUUAUAUAUAAUAAUUACAAUUUGUAGCACAUGUAUAUGCGUGAUUCCGUUAAUUAUUCGUACGGUUUUCUAUCUUCAAAAUUUGCAUUCUAUUGAGACUCCUCAUAUGGUCUUCUUCACAUUCAAGACUUGAUUUUUUUUUACAUUUUUGAGUUAUUGUCCAAGUCUUUUGUUUUGGAGUGUUCACUAGAUAUUUUUGGCGAUUAUUCAUCUUCUUUUUUUUAACAUUUCCCCCUAGCUCUGCAUUUGUUUUAUCGCGAAAUAGUGCUCUCCAAUCACCCGAAAUCCGAGCGAAGAACGACCCAACAACCACACUCGUGCUCCAAAAUUCAUCGGUUAUUUCCUUGCAUAGAAAAAAAUGUCCCAAAUUUUACAGAUCCAUACAACGAAGUUAUCGGAAAAUAACCGAUAAUUUUGGAGUACCGGGCAUUUUUCGUUUCUUCCAUUAAGGAUGAUUUCAAUUACAUUACCCCAUCGGAAAGUUGAGAACGCUCACCUUGAUUAUAAAAAAUAUUAAAAAAUCCAAACAUUACUCCGCUUCGUUCUAUCAAAAAAUAAUUUUGAUCUUUUUUUCCCUUUUUGAAAUUUUUCAUUAUUAUUUUUUUCUAUCAAAGUUUUGUCAAAUCGUAAAUUCUUUUGUAAAUGAAAACGUUUACAAGGCAAGGGUAAGUUAAUGAUAAAUAGAAAAAAAAGAAGAACAAUGAAGCAAAAAAUUAUUUUUGCAUAGAACGAAAGGCAAUUCCACAUUGAUUUCUGGAUAGGGUGCCAUGUGUUCGAAGAAAACAAGAUUCAACAUUAGAUAAUGCUUUUUGAAGAAUACAAGUUUUAUUCUGAGCCAUCAAGCAUUUGUUCUCCGAUAAAUGUGUAAAAUAGUUCGAUCGCAGGGCGAUUUUGAACACUGAUCAGUUCAUCCUAUCUCUUGUAAAAAAGCACAUUGACAAAGUGGAAAAAGAUGUCAAUCGAGGUGGGAGAAGAGCACGCCAGGCGGGAUGCCCAAUUGUAUUAGUGAUUUUAUGGUAUUCCGGAUGUUGUGGGCUCGUAAUAAAAAUGAAAAAAAAAAAAAAAAAAAGACCUAUUAUAUGUUGGAAAAAUCAUCCAAUAAACCUGGAAAUAAUUAACAUUUUGACGGUACAAACCCACAUCGAUAAUUAACGAAAUCAGCCAUAUAUGUUUUUCAACAUAACGAUACUUUAUAUAUAGUAAUGUACAAUGUUUGAAAAAAUACCUCAACCUUUAGUAUAGGUCGGACUCCCGAAAUUUCAAAAGAUUUUCCCCGGGGAAAAAUCAUUAAAGUUAGCAAAUCAUCAAUUUGUGAAUAUGUAUUUCAAAAAUGCCUCACUCAUUAAUAUUUUUCUUCAUUAAAUUAAAAAUUUUACAUUCAACAUCAGUAUCAAUCACACAAGUUUAUAGAACUAAUUUGCAAUGCUUUCAUACAUAAAUACAACUUUUUGUAAGGCGCAUAUCCAAGCAGUCGGAAUGAUUAUUUUAUUUCCUCCUCUCCUCAUUAAUUAAAAAAUAGGGAACACAUUGCACUCAGCGCUUUAGAAUUCAACCUCUUAAUCCUAUUCAUUUUUCGCAAAAUCAUUUCACUAAUUGAGUGGUAAAAUUUAAAAAGUCGAACCUUGAAUCUUCGUUGAUUAGUUGAUUAUUUAGGUAACACGAGGUUGUUUUAAGUGAAAAUUUGUAGAUCAGGAAAUACUUUACAAAAAAGACUUUUGGAGAUUCAAUGCACAAUUACUCAUUAUCGUGGCGACUCAAUAAUCAACUAAUAAGAAGGAUCACUUCAAGUCGAAUUAUUUUACGACUUCUCCACUAAUUUAUAAAUUCUCUUGCAUCAUUUAUAGGUGAUUGUAUUCAACAAUUUGUGUCAAAUGUGAUCUGUAUAAAUUUUAGAGAAACGAAAUUACACAAGACGAUGGAAAAAUCAUCAACAAUGUUGUUUGUUACUUUCCAAAACUUCAAUAAAUCAUUAUGAUUCAAAUUCAAAUUUCUUUUUUUACAAAUAGGUGCAAUUCACUCUAUUCACUCUAAAAUUAUGAAUGAGUAUCAUAAUACAGUUAGUCUCGAUGGGUGAAAAAUACAUUCAAUCCUCUCUUCAUCGAAUAACGACUAAAAUUGACUAUUCAAGUAUAGAUAAAUUAAGCGCAAAAAAACAGUUUGACAGUUAAGACGGUAACUAAUCGAAUUUUGAAAUCCGAAAGAUUAUACAUAAGUACACGAUAAUUGAUAAAAAAUAAAUAGAACUUAGACUAGCUCUUUUGUCGUUAAGUACGUCACAUUGCACAACAAUGUUAUUAGCUGCUGACAGUUCAAUUUAUAAACCUACGAACUGAAUCUGGGAAAAUAAAAGAGAGAGAUCAGUCUAAUAAUUUUAUACAGAUUAUUGUGUAAAUAUACUGCAUUGAAUCAAGUAAAAAAAUGUCAAGAGAUAUUCUGAAGAUAUUCAUAAAAUAAUCUGCAAGUACGUCCUCAACUAAUUCCUCUCCAUUCGACG